GUGGAUUUCCGGUUUGUGAUUACGCUGAUAACAUGAACAGCUGGUAGAUUGUUUAUGAAAUUGUAAAUGGUUUGUCAAUCCUGUACCUUCGUCCAUAGUUGAAUAAUUGUCUGAAAACCCACACCGAAUCAAAUGUAUAAUGUUCAGAGCAAUAAAAUGAUGCUUGUGAAAGAUUCCAUCCUAGUUUGAAGGAGAAGCAGAAGGCUUUUAACAAAAUCUCUACCUGGUAUACAUUUUAGGAUGUCUAAAGUACAGUAGAUAUUGAAGUAAAAAUAGUGAAAUUGAAUCCAGAUAUCAACAUGUUUUAUCACUAUACAUCUGUACCUUGGUGCUGAAGACGAGAAGACAAGGUUGAUAGAAAACUCUGGAAAUGAUGCUGAUCUCUGUAACAACGUAACGCCAUAAAGAAUAUUGACUAAUAACGUUAAAGCUGCCAUAUUCCAGACAUUUUGAAGAAAAAAAUGUUGCUUUAUAUUAACAUUUAAACUUCGAUUUAAAAAAGAAACAUCGUCAAAUUUCCAGAUUAAAAUCACAAGUACCGUGACCCUAUCCAGCAUUAUGAUGUCCCUGCGAUGUCGUCUCAAAGGCAGAGUGGAAUUCUACUACGGAGCCAUGGCUUUCUUCCAAACUGUUCUACACAACAUAUUCCUCCUCUACCAUGUGGAUUUGUUUGUUUCUGUUUACAAAAUUGACAAGAUGUCGUUUUGGAUAGGAGAAACCAUAUUUCUGAUAUGGAACUCUUUCAAUGACCCACUUUUUGGAUGGCUGAGUGAUAAACAGUACCUAUCUCCAUCAAAGAAGAAUUCCGAAAACUCGAACAGUGCCUUAGAAAUAGUAACGAAUCGUCUGAAUGCUCUGAUGUAUAACGGGCCUUUACUGGCUGUUUCGUUUAUUUUGUUUUGGUUCCCCUGGGGUUUUCCUGGACUCCAGUUUGUCGUUUGUCUGUGUCUGUAUGACGGAUUCCUCACCCUGGUGGAUUUGCAUCAUUCGUCGCUGUUAGCGGAUUUAGCUGUGUCGGCCAAGGAACGUACAAAGCUCAAUACAAUGAGUUCUCUGUUUAGUGCAUUUGGCUCGGCUUCUGUUUUUUUUUCCUAUUCUGUUUGGAGUAAAGAAAAUCUUCAUUCGUUUAGAAUAUUUUGUUCCUGUCUGGCUGUUUUUGCUUUCGUUGGUUUUGUUGUGGCUGCAAAUCUAAUGAAGCAAGAAAGAAAAAGGACUUUGAAGAAAUCUUUCUCAUAUGAUGACUCUUGGAGUAACAGAUCAGACGAGUAUGAUGACCCUGUGGGUCCGUCGGUAAAACCUGGCAUUGGGACUUUUGUGUCACAGCUUGGGAAGCAGUACAACUUCAUUUGGUUUACAAUUAUGAAUCUUAUCCAGGUUUUUCACUGUCAUUUCAAUAGCAACUUUUUUCCAUUAUUUCUGGAAAAUUUAUUAGGAAACUCUGUGAGUUCAAGCUUUGGAUCAUUCUUGAUUGGUAUAUCUUUCCUGGCGCCCCACGUGAAUAACCUGUUUUUCCUGGAGCUGUGUAAGCGAUAUGGCGUCUAUGCAGUGAUACAACUUCUGUUCUCAAUCAAACUUGCUCUCAGCCUCUUCAUGUUCUUUAUGGGGCCUAACAAUAUGUGGCUGCUCUGUCUCUUCAUAGCCAGCAACCGCGUGUUUACAGAGGGUACGUGUAAACUGCUGAACUUGGUGAUCAGUGACCUUGUAGACGAAGACUACGUCAUUCACAACCGGAAAAAAGCCGUCUCGGCCCUGAUCUUCGGGAGUACUGCACUGUUAUCCAAACCGGGUCAGACCCUCGCUCCUCUCGUUGGGAUUUGGCUACUAUCUAUACAAACAGGUCAUGACAUUUUCCAGACUAGUGAUAAAAUCGUGUCCCUACAGGUGGACGAAGCUGGACAGAACAGCCCGGAACAGUACCGGCAAGGCUGUUUCAAUCUCCUUGUUUACAUUCCAAUUUUAUGUGCCAUCGUACAGAUCGCUGUCUGGUCACAAUUCAAACUUCAUGGCCACCGACUUCGAUGGGUCAAAUCAUGUCGCACCGGAACUGACCACUCCUUAAUUUGAUGUAACAGACCGCUAGGUAUAAAAGUCCUCAGACACUUUAAUGUAUUCAUAUCAUUUCCUCUUCAUCAAACCAAUAAGUUAAAUUUUUCUUCAUCAGGAAUCGAUAACUGACAACAUUGUUGUAGUUGUCUUAAUUUUUCCUCUUUUGUAUCCGAAAAAACAAGCCAAGCCAUGAGAUGGUAUCUUAAUCCUUUGCCCCUAGCCUACCCCUAACCUACCCCCAACCCUAUUCCUACCCCUAACCUACCCCCAACCCUAUUCCUAC